AUGGGCUUCAACGUGCCGAUUCUGAAUCGCGACUCGGACGCCGUCCGAGCAGCCACCAAGCAGUGGAUCGACCAACCGCAGAAUCAGAAGAAACUCGUGCUGGUAAUAGUGGCAGUCGCGCUGUUGUUGGACAACAUGCUCUACAUGGUCAUAGUGCCAAUUAUUCCAAAAUACCUUCGAGAUAUUCAUGCAUAUGAGGUUGAAUUCUAUGGUUAUCACAACGAAACCGAGCGUCUUCCCAAUGGUACAGUAGUCAUUAGAGCAGUUGGUGCAAAAAUUGACUAUAAAGACGAAGACAUAGAACUCGGUUGGCUGUUUGCCUCAAAAGCACUAUUACAAAUAUUCGUAAACCCGUUCUCCGGCUAUAUUAUCGACCGAAUCGGCUAUGAGAUUCCGAUGGUCAUCGGGCUGGUAGUAAUGUUCAGCUCCACAGCCAUUUUCGCGCUUGGUCGAAGCUAUGGUGUGCUGUUUUUCGCAAGAUCCCUUCAGGGAUUCGGCUCGGCUUUCGCGGACACCUCAGGGUUAGCAAUGAUUGCUGACCGUUUUCAAGAAGAAGGCGAACGAUCAGCCGCGCUCGGCAUCGCACUCGCUUUUAUCUCGUUUGGGUGUCUCGUAGCACCACCUUUCGGAUCUGUGCUCUACUCGAUAGCCGGCAAGCCAGUGCCGUUCCUCAUUCUCUCGUUCGUUUGUCUGGCUGAUGCUCUGGCUGUCUUCAUGGUAAUCCAGCCCGGUCGUCGUGCACCAACUACAACGUCUGGAGAGCGCAUUAAGGGCACACCGAUGUGGCGCCUGUUCAUGGAUCCGAUGAUCGCGGUUUGUUCGGGAGCGCUGAUAAUGGCCAAUAUUUCCUUGGCGUUUCUUGAGCCCACCAUCACCAACUGGAUGGCCGAGAGUAUGCCAGACACACCUGUCUGGCUUGUGGGUGUUAUUUGGUUGCCUGCAUUCUUUCCGCACGUGCUGGGUGUGUAUGUGACAGUGCGAUUGCUGAAGGCGUUCCCAAACCAUACGUGGGCGAUUGCAGCGGUCGGGCUUGCUAUGGAAGGAAUCUCAUGCUUCACCGUUCCAUAUACCACUUCUGUGCUUCAACUAAUAGUUCCGCUUAGCUUUUUAUGCUUCGGUAUCGCACUGAUCGACACGUCUUUGUUGCCGAUGCUUGGCUAUCUCGUCGACACUCGCCAUGUCCCAGUUUACGGAUCAGUUUAUGCGAUUGCCGACAUUUCCUAUUCAUUAGCGUACGCAUUUGGUCCAAUCAUUGCCGGUUGGAUUGUUGGUCACAUGAGUUUUUUUGCGCUUAACAUUAUCAUUUUUCUUACAAAUGUUCUCUACACACCCGUGAUUCUGAUGCUUAAGAAGGUGCACGAUUAUGAUUCUCUAACACCAAAAACGGAAAUGACUACGCUGAAAAACGAUAACUAUGGACAAAUUACUAGCGAUAUUGGCCACAAGAAAGAUACGGCAACUUUUGGACACCAUGGUGUAUCUUACGGUACCCAGAACACAAACUACCAGGAUAGUUUUCCACAACCGGAGUUUCCAGCCGGCUACGAUCCAUUAAACCCUCAGUGGUAG